AUGAGUUCUCCGUUGUUCAACAUCGAGAAAUUGGAUGAAUCCAAUUAUGACUCGUGGAGCUUGCAGUUGCAGAGUGUGCUGGUACAUCAAGAACUAUGGACGGUUACGUGUGGAGAGUGGCCGCAUCCAGAAGAAGGCGCAGAAGAGAAGUCUGUACGAUUUUGGAAAGCAAAAGAUGACAAAGCAAAAGCAACAAUAUUCCUAAGUGCAACGCCUAUGCAGUUAAGCCAUGUAAGAAAUUGUAAGUCGGCUAAUGAGGCAUGGAAAACUCUUCGUGAGGUACAUCGACCAAAAGGGCCAGUAAGAAAAGUUACGUUGUUCAAGCAGUUGCUUGGAAUUCGAAUGAGUAACGGCGAGUGUGUUCAACAAUAUGUUUGUAAGUUCACAUCGGUUGCAGAGAAGUUAGCAGAAAUUGGAGUGUGUCUUCAAGAUGAUUUAAUCGUAAUUAUGCUUCUUGCAAGUUUGCCAAAAUCUUUUGAAAGCUUGGUAGUAGCUUUGGAAUCAAGAGAUGAGUUACCGAAUCUUAAUGCAGUUAAGAUAAAGUUAAUGGAAGAAGGUGAGCGGCGAAAAACUAGUCAGUUUGAAAAUGGCGAAAGUAGUGUUCAAGCUUUUGUAGCACAAUCGAACACAGGCGCAAGAAAGAACAAGAACGAAAACGUAAAGUCAAACGACGCUGCUAAUAUCGUAAGCAAAAAUAAUGAGAAAAGCAAACGAUCAAACCUGCGAUGUUAUAGUUGUGAAGAAAACAAUAACAUAAACGAAGAUGAAGUAGUAGAAGAAAUUGAAAACGUAGAUGUGUUGCCUGGUGGUAGUGAAGAUGAUUUUGAGUCUGCUGAAGAAGAACCUACACCAAUGAAGCGUGGACCAGGUAGGCCUAAUCUCAUUAAAAAUGCAUGCAUACAUUUAGGUGCUGCGGUGCAGAGUGCCACACGAGCGCCAACCUUCAACAAGGACAAGUAUUUCACCUUGCUCGUACUCGACGACCAAAACACCGACUGGUCGAAAUAUUUCCGCGGCAAGCGGCUGCAUGGCGACUUCGAUAUACGUGUGGAGCAGGCUGAAUUCCGGGACAUUUCGCUAACUGCCAGCGCCGAAACUGGACCCGUUAUUUCUAUGGCCGUCUACCGUGGUGGCACCAGGGUGGCACGCUCUUUCCGACCGGACUUUGUGCUAAUACGUCAACCACCACGCGAUGGUUCGAAUGAUUAUCGCUCGACUAUAAUUGGGCUAAAGUAUGGCGGUGUACCCAGCAUUAAUUCAUUGCAUUCGGUUUAUCAAUUUCAGGAUAAACCUUGGGUAUUCGCGCAUUUGUUGCAAUUGCAACGUCGCUUGGGACGUGACGCUUUUCCAUUGAUUGAUCAAACCUUCUUCCCCAAUGCCAGAGAUUUGUUCAGUUGGUCCAAGUUUCCCUGUGUUUUGAAGGCAGGUCAUUGCCACGGCGGCGUGGCCACUGCACGUCUCGAGAAUCAGAGCGCUCUACAGGAUGCCGCCGGCCUUGUCACCGGAUCGGGUAACGAUGCACAUUGCUAUUGUACGAUUGAACCUUAUAUUGAUGCUAAAUUCGAUGUGCACAUUCAGAAGAUCGGAAAUAAUUACAAGGCUUUUAUGCGCAAAUCGAUCUCAGGCCAUUGGAAAACUAAUCAAGGCUCAGCGAUGCUCGAGCAAAUCACUUUAACCGAGAAGUACAAGUCCUGGGUGGAUGAGAUCUCUGAACUCUUCGGCGGCAUGGAGGUAUGCGGCCUCUCCGUAGUGGUCGGUAAAGAUGGGCGUGAGCAUAUAAUUAGCGCAUGCGAUUGUACAUUCUCAUUGAUUGGCGAUAGUCAGGAGGAAGAUCGGCGCCAGAUUGCCGAUUUGGUCUCGGCAAGAAUGCAAAACGUCUGCCGCCCCAGCAUGGCUCAGACUGGUGGCCCACCACAUGGCAUUCGGCAACCAUCACGUUCGUCUAUCUCCUCGCGUGGUGAGAGUCCCACUGAGGAUGUGGCACCAACACCACCGGCACCGGCUGGUCCUCGUCCCGCUCCCAUGGGUGGCCCACCACCCAUACCCGAGCGUACAUCGCCCGCAGUCGGCUCGAUUGGACGCCUCAGCAGCCGCAGUAGCAUUUCGGAGUUACCUGAAGAGCCUAGUGCACCAGCACCAACCAGUGUUCCAGGCAGCGUUGGCGGCAUUGCACGUCGUGAUUCACAAACUUCACAAGCAUCGAGCGUAUCAUCGGCCUCGCGUGUCUCAUCACGCCCACCGCAAACGCAAACUUCGGUUGUCGAGGAUGCCGAGGAUACGAUGAAGAAUUUGCGUAAGACCUUUGCGGGGAUAUUUGGUGACAUGUAGGAAUUAGCGAAUAAGAAACGCGGAAGAACAGCAAGCGAGACCAGCACUGGCGGCGGCGGUAGUGGCGGUGCACCCAGUAGUGCUGGCGGUAGUGGCAUAAGCGGCAUAAGUACCGGCUCAUUCUUGGGCAAGCAAUUCUCGUUUGCUAGUGGCAAAUCGGCCAGCGGCAGCACCUCUAGUGUUGCAUCCGAAGUGAUUUCGGCACAACCAUCACCAAAAUUAGCUGCUGCCGAGAAACCGUACGAUGCACGCUCGGACACCUCAACGAACUCCACGCUAACAGGGGGCAGUAUGAGUGUAAGCGCAAGCUCGGCAGCCAGCUAUAGUAGCAAGCCAUCUUCCAGCGUUUUAGAUAAUUUGCCAGAGGAGAAUAAAUACAAACCAGUUACCAAUUUCGAACCGCAAGAGCGUGUUAACCCCUUCGAUAAGGGCGCAAUAAAAACAUCCACCACUAAUCAAACAAUUGGCAGCGCCGUGUCCACAACUUCAUCGUCAUCGAUCUCAUCAUCGUCAAUCUCAUCGCGCAUCAAUCGUAACGGCAAUGUGGGCGUAAAAUCACCACCACCACCACUUGGACCGCCGCCACCACCACCGACCGGUGUUGCCGGUAAUACCAGCUACCGCAACUCGAUCUCGACAACACCACCAAGCGCCGGCAAAGAUAGUCGCACCUUUAACUACGGCAGCUCAACUUCCAUUGAGACCAUAACACGCAUGGACACCAACACUACAACCACAACAACAGCUGGUCCCAGUAGUGAUGCUACCGCUGCUGGUGCCGUCGGGGCAACAGGUGAUGACAACGCUAGCGGUGGCGCUGCUGCUUCCACUAGUGGCGGUGGUAUCGACUGGAAAUCGAAGAUGGGCAUACGCUCGGCUAGCGUCUACAGCGCACCCGCUGCAGUCAGCUCAACAAUGCCAGCAGCUGGCGAUACUUCUGGCUAUGCUUCGAACUCCAGCCCCGCCUCGAACGUUUACAAUGCCACAGCCGAUCUGCCAUCGUAUACACGACCAUCAUAUUCUCGCUCGGAAAGCAAUGCUUCCAAUAAACAAACCGAUUUGGACAUAAUCUUCGGCGAUGCACCUAAACCCAGCCAUAGCAACGGCAAGUACACACGCUCCGGCGGUUCACUCUCCGAUGCCGAACUCAUAUUCGGCGGACCACCAACCAACUAUAAGGCCGAUCGCUUUGGUGCCUCGAAGAGCAUGAGCGUCACCUCCGAGCGCAGCAAUGACGGUAGCAAUGGUGGUAAUAGCAAUUCGUAUCGCAACUAUGAGGGUAUACAAAAUGCCGCCUUUAGCGAUUUCAGUGAUUCACCAAAAACGGGCAGUGUAAGCAGCAUAAAUUCAUAUGGUAACGCAAAUCGUUGGGGUAAGCCCACUGUCGAAGAGGAUGAUGAAUUGGAUUUGAAGUAGGACAGGAGUGCAAUGAUGAUAAAUUUAAAUAAAGUUGAAGUUACUUAAAAUGCAGUGUUAGUAUGUAUGUAUGUAUGUGCAUAUAUGUGGAAAUAUAAAUAUGCUCGUAAAUAUACAGCGAUGGGAGUGAUAGUUAAUGCUUGAGCUUCUACUGUUGGGUAUUUCUACUCGUAUAUACAUACAUAUGUACAUAAUCUGUACUUUGCAUCAACUUCAUAAGCAAAUAUAUAUAAUAAAAUUACAUUGAAAAAAAUUAGCAAAUUAUUAUUAUAAAAAAAAACUACUAACUACUUUAUGACACAAGCGCAUCUUUCGCCUCUGAAGUUUCCUGGUUUCAUAGUGGAAAACAGUUAUAAUCGAAGAAAGAUCUAAGUGUAUACAGAAAGGUAUUUCAAAUUAUUUGGUUUUAAUUUGUUUUGCUUAGAAAA